AUGUCCCACAUACCUCCGAACUCCGAAAAACAACCACAGAAGAACAAAGACGAAGACGAAGACGAAGACGAAGACAAAGACAAAGACAAAGACAAAGACAAAGACAAAGACAAAGACAAAGACAAAGACAAAGACAAAGACAAAGACAAAGACAAAGACAAAGACAAAGACAAAGACAAAGACAAAGACAAAAGACAAAAGCAUGUGCAAUCAUCUUUCUAG